UGAUUAGCUACUGUAUACUGAACUAUAUUAUAAAUCAUGAUGGCGAUGUACAGUGAGGAGGGAUUUUAAUGUUGUGAUAAACGUUUUAGUAGCCUGAGUGUUCUUCAAAUGCGUUUAGUUUGUUAGUUAGUUUGUUUAUAGCUAGCUGUCAGCACAGACGCCAGGAGGAAUGAUUUUGGAUAAUUAGCCACAGCUUAAACUCCACAAAGAAGCUAACUAACGACAGCUGGAGUUUAAAAGCCCAAAACCGGAGCAAUUUGAGGACGUACAAUCCCAAACAGAAAUAUUUCCACGCUUUCUAAGAGGGCCUUGUUGAAGAUGUCCGAUUCGAGACGGAGGGUCAGUAGAGGCAGUCAGGAGGAGGCUGCUGGUCAUGGUAAUGGAGUGGGUGGGCGCAGUAGACCAGAAAGAUCAGCAGACACGGGUGAAGAUGAUGAGGGUGCAGGUCCUUCAGGGAUUCAUGAGGAAGAUGACGAUCCUGCCAAGCGGCGGGAGAUCAGAAGCCAGUACAGGGAUCUUAUUAACUCUGUUCAACAAAACCGUGAGGACAUGCUGAAUCCUGCCAACAAUAAACUGUUUGAUGUGUUAGAGGAGGCCAACAAACUGUUUGUUAAUGUCAGGCAGGCUCGAGAGGCUGCACUGGAUGCACAGCUGCUUGUCCUCGCCACAGACCUGGGGAGAGAAAAGGCCAGCCAGCUGCAUGCUGAGGGCUCAGCUUUUGAUCCAUCUGCGUUUGCAGAGCAUUUGCUGUCCUUCAUGGGACUCAAUCGCUUAGAAGAGGAAGAGGAUGGUGAUGCCGGGAUGGAUGGGUAUAUGCCUCCAGAUGCCUGGCAACGACUUUCCAAAAGAGCACAAUAUUGCUUCAGAACAGCCCCUUCAUUCCAUUACAUGUUCGGCUCAUUUUUGGCUGAGCCACCACCACCACGGCAGCGGGUUGAGCGGCAAAGGAAAGCUCCCAGCAAAGAAGCAAAACAAAUCAUGCCCACUCAGCUAAAGAAAAUGGAAGAAUCACAUCAGGAAGCUACAGAGAAAGAAGUGGAGAGGAUUUUUGAGUGCCUUCAGCGUUACUUUGCUGAUGACCCACAUUCCCCUAUAUUGUAUUACGAGUUUGUUGUUGACCCUACCUCCUUUUCCCGGACAGUGGAGAACAUUUUCCACACCUCGUUUCUUAUCAGGGACGGCCUGGCAAGGAUUCAUCUAAACAGUGACAAACUUCCUUGUAUAGCUCCAGUUGAAGAGGGUGAGUUAGACCCUGGUGGUGCCAACACUCGUCAUCAGUGUGUCAUCUCGAUCAGUCCAGCUAGCUGGAGGGAGAUCAUUAAGGCCUUUGAUAUAAAGGAGGCUUUGAUUCCCACUCCAAAAGUGUUGUCACAAGAAGGCUGAUUUUAAAAAAUAAUAAUAAAUUAAACAGAUAAAUUAAACAAAAAUACUUAGAAAUGUGUUCAUAUUUUUUUGUAACUUUUUCUAGAAAGUGAUUUUAGCUUUAUUUACAAUUUUUAAGUGUAUAUGACGUAUGUAAAAUGCACUGAGGAUCAAAUUGGAGCUUAAUAAUGUAAGAAACCUAUAUGUUCCAAUGUUAAUAUUGUGAAAUAAAUUUGCAGUCUUUAAAACCACAA